AAGCCCAGCCGCCGCCGCCGCCGCCGGCUAGAGCGAGGGCUGUGACCCCGGGGCCACUGCGGGUGCCUCUCUCGCUCCCACCUCCUGCCCUCGGGCUGCCGGCGUGUCCCCGCCUCCAUCCUCACCCCCGCCCCGCAGCCCGCCGGCAGGUGAAGCCGCCCGGGCCGCGGAGUAGGUGCGCGGGGAUGAGCUCACUCGCCCGCUCCGCGCCUGCAGGAGGAGGAGCGGGAGCAAAUCCCACUUCCGGGUAGCGAAGCCGCACGCCACCGGCAUCUUGCUUUUCCUUCCCCCUCCCCCGUGGACCCCUCGCCUCUCCCUCCUUUCCCUUUCAUUCCCGACCCAACCUGCCAAAAUGAACAGCUCGGACGAAGAGAAGCAGCUGCAGCUCAUCACCAGCCUGAAGGAGCAAGCAAUAGGCGAAUAUGAAGACCUUAGAGCAGAGAACCAGAAAACAAAGGAGAAGUGUGACAAAAUUAGGCAAGAACGAGAUGAGGCUGUUAGAAAACUGGAGGAAUUUCAGAAAAUUUCUCACAUGGUUAUAGAGGAAGUUAAUUUUAUGCAGAACCAUCUUGAAAUAGAGAAGACUUGUCGAGAAAGUGCUGAAGCUUUGGCAACAAAGCUAAAUAAAGAAAAUAAGACAUUGAAAAGAAUCAGCAUGUUAUACAUGGCCAAGCUGGGACCAGAUGUAAUAACUGAAGAGAUUAACAUUGAUGAUGAAGAUUCAUCUACGGACCCAGAUGCUGCUGCUGAGACUUGUGUCUCCGUACAGUGUCAGAAGCAAAUCAAAGAACUUCGAGAACAAAUUGUAUCUGCUCAGGAGGAAAAGAAGAUAUUAGCCAUCGAACUGGAAAGUCUCAAGAGCAAACUUGCAGAAGUAAUUGAAGAAGUAAAUAAAGUUAAACAAGAAAAAGAGGUUUUAAAUUCAGAAGUUCUUGAACAGAGAAAAGUCUUAGAAAAAUGCAACAGAGUGUCCAUGCUAGCAGUGGAAGAGUAUGAAGAAAUGCAGGUGAACUUGGAAUUGGAGAAAGACCUUCGAAAGAAAGCAGAGUCAUUUGCACAAGAGAUGUUCAUUGAACAAAAUAAGCUGAAGAGACAAAGCCACCUUCUGCUACAGAGCUCCGCUCCUGACCAGCAGCUUUUGAAAGCUUUAGAUGAAAAUGCAAAACUCACCCAGCUCCUUGAGGAAGAGAGAAUUCAGCAUCAACAAAAGGUCAAAGAAUUAAAAGAGCAACUGGAAAAUGAAACACUCCACAAAGAGAUACACAACCUCAAACAGCAACUGGAACUUCUAGAAGAAGAUAAAAAAGAAUUGGAAUCGAAAUAUCAGAAUUCUGAGGAGAAAGCCAGAAAUUUAAAGCAUUCCGUUGACGAACUCCAGAAACGGGUGAACCAGUCCGAGAACUCGGUACCUCCACCACCGCCUCCGCCACCGCCGCUCCCGCCUCCACCGCCCAACCCCAUCCGGUCCCUCAUGUCCAUGAUCCGGAAGCGAUCCCACCCCAGCGGCACUGGUGCUAAGAAAGAAAAGGCAGCUCAACCAGAAACAACUGAAGAAGUCACAGAUCUGAAGAGGCAAGCAGUUGAAGAGAUGAUGGAUAGAAUUAAAAAGGGAGUUCAUCUUAGACCAGUCAAUCAGACAGCUAGACCCAAGGCAAAGCCAGAAUCUUCAAAAGGGUCUGAAAGUGCGGUGAAUGAAUUAAAAGGAAUACUGGGGACACUUAACAAAUCCACUAGUUCAAGAAGCUUAAAAUCCCUUGACACUGAACACAGUGAAACUGAGUUAGAAAGGAUUUUGCGUCGCAGAAAGGUGACAGCAGAAGCAGAUAGCAGUAGUCCAACCGGGAUAUUAGCAACCUCAGAGUCCAAAUCCAUGCCGGUGUUGGGUUCUGUAUCCAGUGUAACAAAAACAGCCUUGAACAAGAAAACUCUGGAGGCAGAAUUCAACAGCCCGUCCCCCCUGACACCUGAGCCAGGUGAAGGGGCGUGUAAAUUGGAAGGAUGCACAAGUUCCAAGGUUACGUUUCAGCCUCCCAGUAACACUGGAUGGAGGAGACGAUACAUUGACAGUGAAAAACAAGCUGAACCAGUUGUAGUUUUAGAUCCUGUUUCCAUAUAUAACCCCCAAACCAAAGACCAGGUUGCUGAAAAAGAUCCAACUCGACACAAGGAUGACGACGGCGAAAUUAAACCAGAAGACAAAGAAGACAGCGUUGAAAAAAUAAGAGACACAGACAGCUCCAACUGCUGAUCUGUAAACCGGAAGGCUGAUGUGUUUAUAAGUCCUUUUCAAUAAGCACAUGAUUAGCUUUGGUGUAUUGGCAAGGGCUGUAGACAUUCUGUUCUCGUCACUGUAUUCAGAAUACAGGUUCUUUUCUGGUGUCACUUUUGUAAUAAGUAGUUCACCUAUAAAUAUAAGUAAGCUGUUUAGCAAAAGACACAUUCUAUGUAGUGUUUUUUUUAUCUCUGUAGGAUAAAAUUUUUUUCUAAUUACUGAGUGUGACUUCUUUUAGAAGGUUACAAAAAAAUUCAGGUGUUGAUAUCUUUUUAGGUAUUGUGCAUACCACUAUUCAAAUGUAAUCCUGAAAAUUUGCAGUGCUACGGAUAAUUGGGUAAACAGACCUGACCAACUUAAGGUGAUUUAAAAAGCCCCAAAGAAGCUUUUUUUUUUUUUUUUUUUUUAAAUCUGAUCCUCUUGGUAGAGAAACUGCAGUAGCAUGGACAUUGUUAGGUACUGUGGCAUACAAAUUACUUUCUGAAAAAUAACUGAGAUAAACUUAAAAUUCAGGAGCUGGCAUCAAACCAUAGUCGCAGAGUCAGUGUUAAUUACACACAUUGUUAACUGUGAGAUGAAAAAUACAUGCUAUUGAUCAUGUCCAAAGCCUCCCCAGGACUUUGGUGGCAGAAGUGAGGUGAAAGUCCAGUCCUUGAAUUUACUAGAGCAUUACCUUGGUAAACUAUGUGCUCUGUGCUACAAGUUAACUGUUUUCUCAUGUACCAGUGUGGCGUGAGUACCAUAUUUUAUCACAGUUCUUAUGUACAGUGAAAAACUGUGACAAGCACACAAUAUUCUUGCUUCGCUACUGUUCUACAUUAGGCAGGUUUUUGUUUUGUGUUUUUUUUGUUUGUUUUUUUUUUAAGAAAUUAAGUGGUAGUUAGUCUCUAAAAAUACAAUGUUUCAGUCUACCACAGUGAAUAAAUAGAAAUGUAAUCAGGGAUUUAAAAAACUUAUGCAGCUUUUCAAAGUUGAUUGUUUCAAAAUUGGUGUUUAUUUAAAAUAAGUGGUAAUGUACUUGAAUGCAUUUUUUUAUGACAAUGAUUCAGUAAUGGUAAUUUUACUAUUAAAGAAAGUGAAAGGUUUCGUUUUGUUAGCAUGGCUCAGCAUGUAGCUGUCAGGUAUUUCUCACCUAAGGGCAAAAGAAAAUGAUAGUAAUAAUUGCAGUAUUUGUAUUGUACUUUAUUUUUGCACGUGUGCUAAGCAUAGGCUUGAAGAGGUGGAUAGGCAGGUAAAUGUACUUCUUAUAUUUGGAGAUAAUUAUCUUUCUGUAGGUUUGUUAUGCUUGACUGUUUACAUGUUCUUCCAGUGAUGAUUUUGCAGUUACUUAUCAGUUUAUUCCUGGGGGAAUUAAACUGUAAUGUUUUUCAAAUGUAAUCUUCCCUAAUUGAAUACUACUGCGAUAUGGUAUACUAACUACAAACUGCAUUAAUUCACUUAAACAAGUUCUGUUAUGCUGUGAUUUGAACCCUCCUCACCACACUUAUUAAAAAGCACCAACAGUUUCCCAUUAAA